AUGGAUGAGGAAAGUUGUGAAGGGCAUUUAACUUUAACAAGACCCUACGUUGAUAAUCACGGUGCCGUAAAGCUUGCAGAUUUAUUGUUUGGUCUUCGCAUUUCAGACCUAUCGAAAGUGAAAGAGUUUGUAAGUUAUGAAGACCGAAAUUUCUACUUUAAAGGUGUUCUGCCAAACCAAAAGAACAAACAAGGAAAUUCCACGGAAGAUGAAUUCGUGUUGAAGAUAUUAAACCACGUCGAUUCACAGAACAUUUCAUAUGUUAAUGCGCAGAACGCAGUUUUACUUUAUUUGAAAGAACAUGGCUUCGUUUGCCCUGUUCCCAUGAGGUCUUUAAGUGAUAAACUCACAAUGGAAUGCGAGUUGUCAUCUUAUGGUUUAAGUGUCAGUGAGGGAAACGCCAAAAUACAGAAGCUGCCUCGAAGAAUUAAUGCUGUUCGACUUCUGAGCUACGUGCCUGGGAAGCUCCUCAAAGAUGUUCGUUGCACGAAUGAUCUUCUCUUCAAUCUGGGUCGUUACAUAGCGAAGAUGAAUAAAGUUUUGAAGGUACAAAAUUUUUUUUUGGCUUGGUUGUUGUUGUUGUUGUUUUUUUGUUUUUUUUCAGUGAAGGUAAUUUUUACGAACGGAGCAGAUGUGCUGAACAGAUGCAGUUGUGUAUGCAGGGGAAUGGUCAAACUUCAGUCCUCUAGAGGAAACAAAACCAAGUUGUUGUCGUAACAGUCAAAAUAAAUGCCAAUGUGAAAAGAUCCCCACACUCAUAGAAUGACCCUUAAUGUCCAUCACUCGUAAAAGUUUGUAAAUGUUUGGUGGGGAUUUGGCUGUGCAGGUUAAAUAUUUUUGAAAGGUGAAGGACAAAACGAAGCCGUUGAGGGCGUUUGACUUCUUCUGGAAUCUGUGAUUUCCUUCCUGCUCGUAAUAUAGGGGUGCGUGGUAUAGCAAGGUGGUCUGUAAUAAAGGACCAAGGGCAGGUUUAGUCCUUACUGUCGCCUAAUAAUUGUGAAGGAAACGAUCUUUUUUUUCCCAUUUACGAGGGAAAUGGAAAUGAAAAAUUGAAAAAUUUUCCCUUUGCACCCGCUUCCUAUCAUCCACCAACCCACCUUCACCUCUGUAAGUAGCACUAAGUAUAGCUCCAUCCUUCUCCUGCUCAGUUCAGAUUAGGAUCGGAGGUUGAGGCUUGAACCUGGCCGACACGUCACUUUGAUUCUGAAUCAGUUGUGAACAGGAUAAUUUUGCUGGGGUCGGGAAGUACAAUACGUAUCAAUACUUCUAGGAACACAUAUGUUUUUUUAGCUACAGAUAAGAGUGAUUAAAUAUUUUAGUAAAGUAAGGUUGCUGUCUUUACGCAGAAUUUUCAACAUGCAGGCCUCUGUGAUCUUGUGAAACAAGAAUGGGACUUGGCUCAGUUAAAUGUCCUUGAAAGAUACAUAUCCGUUGCAAGCCAGGAUAUUUCAGAAUUUAAUCUCCUUCAACAUGUCUACAAGAAGUUUGUCAAUGGAGUAAUCCCAAAGCUUGGUGAUCUAGAUAAACAUGUUAUCCAUGGUGACCUUAAUGAUGAGAACGUACUGGUCGUUCCAACUCAGCGUGGCGAUAGUCAUGAAAUAGCAGGUAUACUUGAUUUUGGGGAAACCUCAGAUUCCUACAGAGUGUUUGAAGUUGCGAUCUGUAUGGCGUACAUCAUUAUGCGCCGAGUCCAACAAGGUGAUACACAUCUGGAAGCAAUCAGAGCUGCAGGUCACGUUUUGAGAGGUUAUCAAAGCGUUUACAGUCUCUCCCACUCGGAACUUGAGCUCUUGUAUUUGUCAGUAGCCGCUAGGUUCCUUCAGACUUGUGUAAUAGGGAGAUACAAACAGUCUCUUGAACCUGAGAAUUUAUACUUGAGCCAAACUUGUCAAUUAGGAUUAAAAAUCCUUUCUUCUUACAAUGCUUUUUCAGCAGAAGAAACACUUAAUUAUUGGUUGUCAACUUAA